GGUCGUCAUGUCAUUGCUCGUGCGCAUAGAAACAUUCAUAACUGCUCCCUUAGAGUCGGCCGAGAGAGCGGAAGCACUGGGUGAAAUUACUUCAGCUGUGGACAAUGGAAGCCUGACCUUUCUCACCCUGGUGGAGCAGUUGGGACCCAAACUAACCAAUACGGACCCAUUUAUUCGCGCGAAAGGCAUUGGCCUGCUUUCGUCAGUGCUGAGUUCCUGCACAACUCAGCAAUUGGGAAAGAAUGUCAGCACGGUUCUUGUUAAGUUUUAUUUAGAGAGACUUCAGGACCAACCCAGCGUUGGCGAGCUUCUGAAGGGCAUUCAUGCCUUGCUGAAGGCUAAUGCAGUGGCUUCAGAUAAUGCACUGCAGAUUCCUUCCAGAAUGUUUUCAGAAAUUGCCUUACAAACAUAUCAACAGACGACCCGUCACAUGGCGUUCAGUAUUCUCGAACUGCUUCUGCAACACCAUCUUACUGCGAUGAAGUUUAUGGGAGAUGACUUCAUCUCGGGUUUCAUUCAAGCAAUGGAUGGCGAAAAAGAUCCGCGUAAUCUUCUCAUGGCGUUUCGUAUUGCCAAAGUCUUAAUUGAGUCAUUCGACUGUACCAAAUUUGCAGAGGACUUGUUUGGAGUCGUGUUCUGCUACUUUCCGAUCACCUUUCGUCCUCCCCCAGAUGACAUCUAUGGAAUUACGGCAGAUGAUCUCAAAGUCGCUCUGCGAGACUGUAUUUCGGCGACGCGAUUAUUUUCCACCUACGCUAUGCCUCUAUUAAUUGAAAAGCUGGCUAGCAUCUCUGGCAAUGCAAAGCGCGAUGCUAUGGAAACUCUCACAGCGUGCGCUCCAGUGUACGGACCGGAGGCUGUCUUUCCUCAUGCUGAGCACCUAUGGCAUUACCUGAAAGAGGAGGUUUUUAAAGCUGCGGAUGAUGCAAAUAUCACAGCAGCAUUGGGCUCUAUACGUGCAAUAACUGCAACUCUCUCGAGCGCGACGGUGAUAUCCCAUGCCAUGAAAUCCCCACUAGAGUUGUACUUGGAAUUUGCUGUAAAAGACUCACUCCACCACCUAACGGAUCCAGAGCUAAAAUAUGCGAGAUUGAGUGGAAAAAUGUUGGUCGCGGCCGCCUCCUCUUCUGACCCUGCCUGCCACUAUGUGGUGAACGCUGUUCUUCCCUCAGUCCUUGAACAAUGCUCUGCUAGAGAUAUUGCCUCUAGACGCAAAACACUACUUGAUGUGGUUGUAGAUUUCCUUAGUGCAGGUCGAGAAGUUUAUGGGUCAGUCAACACGGAGGCGAUGGAUGUCGAUGAUGAUUUUAUUACUCCGUUACUGGUGUUCAAGGAGAGGGUCCUGGACAUAUGCAUUGCCGCCGCGUCAGCGGCGAGUGCAUACGUACCGCUUCGACAAGCUGGAUUGCGAGGAAUUAUUGAACUAUUGAUGUCCCGUCAAUUGCUCGCUGGUCCUGAGGUUGGACUGGCGUUAGGACAACUGCACCAAUCGCUGCUGAUGGAUGCAGACCUCGAUGCCAGAUCGGAGGCUUUGGUCUCGUUAGUCUCGCUGUCUAGGGUGAGGCCGGACCUUGUGCUGCAGCAUACGGUUUCGCAGCUGUUUGCACAACUCCCAGUUGGCAGCUGUACUGAGACGACUCCAAAACUGCUUUCGCUGGAAGAGCUGCUGGGAGAUGUUCGAGAAUUGUCCGUAGAACGAACACUGUGUGCUCCGGCGUUACAGCGCCUUCUGGAAAGGCUUGACAGCGUCCGUGAAACCGCAGGUUCUAGUCACGGUGAUUUAUCAUACGCAGAAGCUUUGUCAAGUACUAUGCUGCACAUCAUUGAGCACCGCGAGAAAUUGCCGCAGGAGCUAGGGGACAGGAAUGAUUUCGUGUCAGAAGCCGCUGAGAGCAUUCUCUCUCCGUUGCUGUACAAGGCAACGAUAGCCGCGGCAGGCAAGGGCGGUAUCUUUACUACAACAACCAUACUUCGCAUUUGGGCGAGCAUCUUUUCGUCAAUCAUGAGGCAAUCCACGGUCUUGCUGCAAGAAAAGAUUCUCCGGAAUAUGAUAGAUAUUUACGUCCGGGGGAAUACGAGCCUGCUCCCUGAAGCUACGAGAACAUUGCUCGGAAGCAGUUCAUUCUGUCCAUUAUCGGCCGAGGCGCCGCUGCAGGAAACUAAUGCAUCUCUUCUCUUUGCGGCUGUUAUAUGCAGUUGUCGACCUGAGGUGACAUUGGCAAUACCCAGUAUCAAUGAGUUUUUACAGGAUCUUCUGGUUCGGUCCCUGGACGCGAGCAAUGAGAUCUUAAUUGAAUCGCUCGCCAAAAGUGUGGCAUCCAUUCUAAACAAGAUGCACGAUGAUACAGCGGUUUCGGGAUUCCUGCAAGAUGGAAUACUGUCAAAAAUUCGUAGCGGGAUAUCCAAUCUGGCUAUGGUUCAACAAUAUAGGCAACAGUACCUGCAAGUUUACGUCUGGCUUGUCAAGGCUCUGGUGUUAAAGUCCCAUCCAUUGGGGUACGAGCUACUGUCGGACAUUCUGGGACUAUUGUCAGAUGACAGUCUAGGUGCCGCAGCUGCACAAGGAAUGGGUAUCAUCGCAAGCGACCCAACUGAUAAAACUUUCACCAGACAGACCUUCGCAAAUGUGAAGCUCCUCCACAGACAGCGCCUCUUUAGUUUCUGUGUGCCACGUCUUGUCAUCGGCUUUCAAACUGGCUCAGCGGCCGCCAAGCAGUGCCAUCUUCUUGCACUUUCUCAUCUUCUGCAGAAUCUUCCGAAACAAGUCGUGUCAAAUGCGCUCCCACAGCUUUUGCCUCUGCUUCUUUCCUCCCUCAUCCUUCCUUCUCCCGAGUUGAAGCUUGCGACAUUGGAUACAUUUCAAGCUAUGCUAAGUGACCAUGAGGCCACCCUGUCUGAUCAAGCGGCUUCGUUAGUGACAUCGCUGUUGAAGAUUGUGACAGCCAAAAGUGUUGCCACCGGGGAUACCAUGCAUGUCCGGAUGGCAGCACUUAAAGUUCUAGGGAAACUUCCCGAGUGCAUGGAUUAUGCCAUCCUUCAUCCUCUCAAACCGGGAAUACUGCGAGACCUGAUGAGUGCUUUGGAUGACCCAAAGCGACUUGUUCGCAAGGAAGCUGCUAAUACCAGGAAUAAGUGGUUCCUUUUACUUGGCCCAAAAGCAACAUAGUUUAUUAAACAAAUAGUACCCAGUAUAUGGAGUAUAAUAUAGCCAUUCACAAACAGAGGUAGUAUAAUAUAGUAAUAUAUAUUAGUAAGAGUUCAUGUCUGGUAUAAUAUUCUGCCUCCUAU